AUUUUGUAGUGUCAAUCACGCAUCUCAGUUCAUAGAACUGGACUGCCAGUUAGUCUGAUAUAUGUCACUAACUGAAUCUUUUUUGUUAAACUGAUUCAUACCGCACAUCACUACAUUAUCUGUCAAGUCAAUAACGGUUAUGUCAUAACUGUCAAUUAGGUUUAUUUUGCAACCAAUUUUUCAAUAUUAUUUUUCUUCCCUACAAAAUUAUAGAUAUAAGCUGAUAUUGACUCAAAAUGAAUUCUUGCAAAGUGGCCGUUCCGGCAGACGAUGGAGAUGGAGACAACCGAUGGCUUAGCAUACAUAAUCGGUUUCUGUCUGAAACCAGAGAAAAAGAUGCUGACGUGAUAUUCAUAGGCGACUCUAUAAUCCAAGCCAUCCAGCAUAUGGACGUGUGGAACGAAUUUUUCGCCCCAUUGCAUUGUUUAAACUUCGGGAUACACAGGGACAAGAUAGAGAACGUUCUCUGGAGGAUUGAACGAGGGGAACUAGACAAUAUAAAACCUAAGGUGAUAGUACUGCAUGUCGGUACAAACAAUUUUCAAAAUACAGCUGAAGAAAUAAGGGAUGGAAUUUUGAAUUUGAUAGAUGUGGUUCGAGAGAAACAUCCUGAUGUUUACAUUGUUGUUGCUACGCUGCUUCCGAGAGGCCAACACCCGAACCCGGUGCGUGAUAAGCUGUCCAAAGUGAACGAUCUCUUGAAGGCCUCAAUAAGCGGACCAAAAGUGCAAUUGGUGCCGAUCCAUCAAGGUCUUAUCCAGCAAGAUGGGUCGAUCAGUCACCACGAUAUGCACGACUACCUGUUGCUCACGAAUGCAGGCGCUCGUAAGGUAUUCGAACCUGUGCACGACUUGCUUUUGCAACUGUUGCAAGAGAACGAAGUGGAAAAGGAUCUCACUCCAUCUGAGUAACGUUGUAUCAGGGAUGAUUGCUUCCAAAGUUGUUGGAUCAGUGAUACUGUGUAUUUGCUGAGAUUAUUAGCGACUAAGAAAUGUCCGUUUUGUAUGGGAUUUUGGGGUUUACCACUUUUCUUACGUCUUGGAAUCAUUGACCCGGUUUUUCAAUAUCUGGUUAACCUUUAAGUUUACAUCUUUUUUUGAAAUCACUUGUGUUUUUAACGAGAAAACAAUUAUCGGAUGCCGUCAGAUAAAAAAACAAAGCCAAAGAUUCCCAAUGCCCUGUUUAAUAUUCAAUUAAAAAUAGUGUUUUCAUAUAUUAUUUAAGAAAAGAUACUUUUCAUCGGGCUGUUAAAGAAAAAGUGCAAAUCCCAAAAUACACAUCUUUCCUUUGAUCAAAGAAACGUUUUCCUAUAUUGAAUUGUGUGAAAGGUGAAAAGCUUAAUGCUUCUGUGGUUUAGGAUGUACUGCUUGCAUUUUUGAAACUUUUGUAUUGAAUCGUACUUGAUAACAAACACUUUGGCUGUUCACAGAAGAAUUUAUGACAGUGUUGAUGAACAUAAUAAUAAUUAUAACUUUGCUCAUUCCAAAAUGAACUGAUCAAACAAUAAAGUUGUACUGUUAAUUUGAUACGUCUAGCUUUUGAUACCAAAGCAAUAUUCACUUAUUUAUUAUUGAUUCAAUAAAUUGAUAUACUCUUUUUAGGUUUACAUAAUAUACCAAACUGAUUUUAGGUUAAAUAACCAGUGGGAAAUAUGUUUGUGCAUAAUCUUUAUUGAGAUAUUUCUACUAUUGACAUUAAUCUGCCUCCAUAUUGUUUUUUGAGAAUGAUAUAUAAUAGUUAAUCACAAUUUGAUUUUUCUUAGGUUCAGUGUGAUAUGAUAUCUGUUCCUGACUAUUGAGAAUAUGUUAAUUGCAUUGAAUCAAAGGCAGUUGCUCGUUCUGAAGGCAUUAUGUAGAAUAAAUCUAUAUAAGCUGUAUUAAGGCAUCAGGUUAUUUUUAUAACAUUGCUGAAAUAUCAUUGAAAAUGGUUAUCAAUUUUUCUUAUUUUUUCUCCCAAUUUUGUGUGAUACUUAAAAGACUUAGUAUAAGAUACUUACUUUUUUUUUUCAGCUAGGUUUAGUCAUAUGUCACAUUCCACUAUUUAUUUACCAACUAUUAUUAUGCUGUUGAAAUACUUUGUUUUAUUAGUAUGUUUUUGUGUUGGAUAUGCAACAUAAGCUUGUUAUUUUUUCUUUUUGUAGUUCAAUUUUGC